AGCAUCUGGAAACACCACCAGAGCCUCCUCUCGCCUUCUUCCGCUCGCUCGCUUCUGACAACCCAAACACGGACCACACACCCAAACCACAACACCAACACCCAAAAUACCGCCGCUAACAACCCAAACAACGCCUACGCAAACGAUACCGUACACUUUUACCUUCACGACGAACGCGAGGCGACACGCGAAACGAUGGAGCUAAAUCCCGAUGGUCUGAUGGCGUACAAAGUCACCGAGUUACGCGCCGAACUUAGAAAGAGAGGAUUGCCGUCGACGGGAUUGAAGCAGGUGCUGGUCGAUCGCUUGAGGGACUUUUUGCUGCAAGAACAGGAGCAGGACGCGCCGGCAGAUGAGGAUGAGGAGGAAGUGCAGCCGCGACCGGAGGAGCAGGCGCCUACGGAAAUUGCGCCCUUCCUUGAUGUACCGACGGUGAUUGCGGACGCGUCGGUAGCUGAAGAAAAGGUUGAGGACGCGCCGGCAAGUGCGCCGCAGCCUCCGACAUCUUUACCGGAAGUGCAAAAAGAGGAGUCUGUACCUGCGCUAGAGGCCGAAGUACAGAAAGAGGACACUGAGACUUUACCAGCUACUGACGACGUGCCACCGGCAGAAGAUGUCUUGGUUACGGAAGAGGAGGAGGAGGACGCGUCGGAACCGGAAGCUAUGGAAGUCAGCCAUGACGAACCUCAGCAGCCGAUUGAAGAGAAGACCGCCGAAGAGAUGCCUUCCGAACCCGUCGCUGCGACCUCGCCGCUGCCCCCGGCGCCCGAGGCUGCUCCUGAUGUCGAGAUGGAAGCUCCUGACGUCGAGAUGGAACACGCGCCGGCUCCAGAGCCCGAAUCCGUGGAGCCAGUAUCGGAGUCAGCACCGGAGGUCGUGGCAGAACAAACUGCUCCUGAGACUGCGCCUGAGACCACACCCGAGACCGCGCUGGAAGUUGUACCUGAACACGCCCCAGAGCCUGUCGCAACGGAGCCUGUUUCGGAGCCUAUGCCGGAGCCUGUCGCAACAGAGCCUGUUUCAAAGCCUAUAUCGGAGCCUGUCGCAACAGAGCCUAUUGCGGAUCCUACGUUGGAGCCUGUGCCGGAGCCCAUGUCAGAGGGACCUGUUGCAGAUUCUGCGAGGGUAGAAAUUAGCACGGCGGAGCCAAUGGAGAUUACACCCGCCGAAACGGCUACCGAGGGUACGUCGGUUUCUCAGCCGGCGCCCGGCACCCUCGUGUCAGACGAUGUCCCACCCGAGACAGUUUCGGUCGAAGGAAUGGAUGUGGACCCUGCCGACUCGCUCAAGCGCAAGCGUCGCUCCGAUACCCCGCCACCGUCUCACCUCGCGUCCGUCGAGCCCUCCGCCGAAGACGAUAUUACUCCUCCAUCGCCCAAGAAGCAGCGUGCGGAAUCGCCGCCGCGCCGUGGCCGAGACGCGCGGUUCAAGGGUCUCUUCAACGACUCUGCGCUGGCUACGGAUCAAGAGCUUGAAGACAACGAUCAGGACGAGGCGCCAGUCGAGCCCUCGAUUCACCCUGUCACCCGUGCACUCUACAUCCGCAACUUCGUGCGACCACUGCAGGAACCUAAUCUACGCAAUCACAUAUUGACUCUCGCGUCACGUAGCGAUGAGGAACCUGCCUCGUCAUUGAUCGAAUCGUUCUAUCUCGACCCGAUCAGGAGCCAUGCGCUGAUCGUGUUCGACACCCCGGGUUCUGCCAACAGGGUCCGCGGCGGUAUCCACAAUAAGGUGUUUCCGCCCGAGAAGACCAGGAAGCCGUUGUGGGCGGACUUCGUACCCGAGGAACACGUAGCCGAAUGGGUUCAGCGCGAGAAGGCCCGGGGCAUGGGAGCUCGUUGGGAGAUUAGCUACGAGACUGUCAACGGAGAGGUCACGGCAGAGCUGGUGGAGGGUGGAAUGGGCAAUGCGGGUGGCAGACUGGCAGGUCGCAUUGGCAACGUCAGUGCUGGCGCCGCCAACGCUGCGGCAAGAAAACGAAGCAUCGACAUCUCGAAUGCGCCCUCUGGCCCCAGGAGGACAAGUGAAUCUGCCCCAGGUGCCUACAUACCCCCGCCGAUGCAGAGCGGAUCCACUGGACCAAGGGAGAAACGGCCCAAGGUGAUGAAUUUCGACCAGCUCUUCCUGAGCACGCGUGCGAAGCCGAAGUUGUACUAUCUCCCGGUCGAUAAGGAAGUUGCCAGGGAGAGGCUGAGGAAGCAGGGGAGGGAUUCGAGGGGGAGGUACUAGCUUAACCACUUUUUCUAUCACUUGCUAUAGGGUUUUCUCCGUUUGUUUUGUUCUGAGAAUCGUCUCAGGCCGAGGUCGUAGUAAGUACGAUGGUAAUGUACAUAAUUAGACGUGUUACAUGGGCUGUACGGAAAACUUUUCUACCUUUUUCUGCGAAUCAUUUUUUUCUUUCAUUCCACUUUCUUUACCGUAGGAGUUACUAUCAGUAUCAAUUACCUGCC